CGUUUCCUCACAUGGAUCAUUUCCGGGGAGCGCGUGCACCGGGAAGCUCUUGUUGUGUUCUUGAACGCACCCUCUGGUUUUCAGUCCCGGGUAAAUUUCUACCGAUGACACGUCACGAGUUCUUGAACUGUAAAUAAUUUUCACACAUUUAAUUUAGUUAGUAAAAAAAACAGUUCUCAGUUGCUUCUAAAGCCACAUCUACUCCGGCAGCCGAGGCACGAGCCGGGAGACCCGGGAGACACGUCGCGCAGCAUGGAAGAUGAAGGGGGCAGUAAUAUGUGCAUUGACACUGACUCGGACACAGCAGAUAAGAAGGAUGGAACCAAGUCUAAAGUAAAGUGGUCUGAGGAAGAGGAUAAAAAUCUCAAAAUCCUAAUCAGCAAUUUUGGGAAAAAAGAUUGGAAAACCAUAGCCAGUUUUUUUCCGGGGCGGUCAGAAUUCCAUGUUAUGGAGCGCUGGAAAAAGCACCUGGAUCCUGAUUUGAUAAAGGGCUUCUGGUCAAAAGAAGAAGAUGAAAAGAUAGUAGAGCUGGUGGAGAUCUACGGCACCAAAUACUGGUCUUUGAUUGCCAGGCAGCUGAAAGGACGGUUGGGGAAACAGUGUCGUGAGCGCUGGCUUAACCACCUCGACCCAAUGAUCAAAAAGAGCUCAUGGACCAAUGAGGAAGACCUCAUCAUCUACAAAGCCCACUCUAUUCUGGGGAACCGGUGGUCUGAGAUUGCCAAGCUGCUCCCUGGAAGGACUGAUAAUUCUGUAAAAAAUCACUGGAACUCGAGCAUCAAACGUAAAGCGAUGUUUGGCUUCUACAAUGACGAGGCAGACAGCAUUUCCCUUGAUAUUCAACAGUUUGUGGAAGGAGAGGUGGACUUCAAGUGUGACGUUGUAUUAGACCCAGAACUAGUAAUUCCUAAAGUGGCCAGUCCGGUGAAAGAAAAGAAGCCGGUAUGUCAGAAAGUCCAGCAGAAGAAGGCUGCUGUGCCUCCACAGACUUCCCCGUCCCCGAGCACCUCAUUGCCCCGCAGUUUGAGUUCCAGUCCCAGCUCUAGCUCAGGCGCUGCAACAGCAGCUGCGCCAGUGGACCAGAAAAGGUUUAUCAAUGCGGCGCUGAGGAUGAUCGCUGAAGACAUGCUGCCACUCAGUUUUGUUGAAGGCGCAGGCUUCAGGUCAUUCAUGAGUACCAUCAGUCCAGAAUGCAACAAGCUCUCCCAGCGGGUCCUCGGCCUACAGCUCUACGACGAAGUGGAGAGAACAAUCAAGCCUCAGAUCAUCCGUGACCUUAAAGCCUGCCUUGCCAAAACCAAAGAUGGCGAGAGAGCUAUUCAUGUCACGUUUGACCUGUGGGCAGGGAAUCAAUCCAGUCCAGUGGAGGAGCCCAUCGUCGUGGUGCAGCUCCACUUUGUUAGUGAUUCCUGGCAGAUACGCCGUCCUAUUGUAGCCUUCCGCCACGUCAGCCACAAAAACCUCAGCACAACGGUGGCCAGGGAGCUUGAAGGUGUGCUGCUAAGCUACGGCCUCUUUCCUCCCAGCAUUGGCUACAUGCUCGCCAACCAAGCCAAAGAAACACUGGCUGGGAACCACUUGUUCUGCGACUACAAGAUCAUGUGCUCAUCCAACAGGGGGGAACCAGAUGGAGACGAGAUGGUGGCGUUUCUGUCUGACCAGACGCCUGAAACUGAGUCCCCCUUUUCAGAGCUACAGAUCGGGACGAGAAGCACCUGUGUGGCUCACACAUUGCAGGUUGUGAUUAAAGAAGCACUGAAGAACUCCAGGGUGGUGGAAAACCUGCUCUUGCAGGUCCAGAAUGUGGUGGCUUUCUUUAGGAGCAGUGCCCACUGGAGCGAGGUCUUGAUGAAGGAGCACAGCGUUUCCCUGUGCCCAUCCUCCAGUAACUGUCGCUGGAACUCCAUGAUGCUAUCUCUACGUCGGAUGGUGCAGGAGUCGGCCUGGAGUGCCAUCAUGACUCUCCUCGCCCAGGCUCGCAUCGACGCUAACGACACUGCCAGUGCCCCGCCUCUGGUGAUGGCAAAGAGGGAGCAGGUGAUUGACAUCCUGGCGCUCCUGGAGCCCUUUGAGGAGGCCAUGCAGGUCCUGCAAGGAACUGGAGUGACCAUCUCUUUCAUCACACCAUCUCUCAUUGGCCUGGAUAAGACUUUGGAAAGCUGUGUCACCAACUACACACACUUCAACAAGGCCCUGCGCACAGGCAUCCACACACACUUCCAGUCCCUGAUUCACCAGAAGGAUAUGAUAUUAGCUGCUGUGCUUGACCCCAGGAUCAAACUGCAGCCGUUUCCUGAUGCCAAACUGGAGGACGAGACAGGUUUCCUAACACCACCGUCAAAAUAUCAGGCUCGCACAAUCGUGGAAGCCACACUAGUUAGCAUGGGGGCCUUGGCAGCUCCCUUUGUAGAGGCAGAUGAAGUCCAGCCGUGCAAGAAGUUGAAGCAGCAAAAUGGCGAAGAGGCGAGUCGAGACAACUCGCCGAUGGAGGAACAUGGUGGAAGCUCGGAUGAUAACGACUGCAACGGAGUCGGCGAGAAUGAUCUCAAGCGCAAGUCUAUCUUUAACUUCCUCCAGCCACCUGCAAAGACCACGAAGACGGCAGAGCUCGACGUGUACCUUUCCGAACCUCUGUGUGAAAGCAACAGCAGUGUGUUGUACUGGAAAGCUGCAACUCGCUUCCCCCUGCUGCAGAGCAUCGCCAAGAAGCUGCUGGCAGCACCGGCCACCUCAGGGGGCUUCGACCGGCUGUUUCCGAUGGCGGCAUGUUUCGUAAAGGCCAAGAGGAACCGGCUGCCUCCUCACACCACAGAGAGAUUGCUUCUGUAUAAAAACUCUUUAAAGACAAAGUCCAUGAAAAAGCCCAGUCGGGUCGCUAAACACUGAUUGGUUAAGUGAGAGUUGGGUAUCGUUGUUGUUCUCCACCCAACGGACCUACACAUGUUCUUCUCUAUUCUACAAACUAUGAUUCCACACCCAAUGGUCACCGUCCCUCCCAGUGAAAUUACUUUGAAUGUCGUGUUGAAAUAACUGAAUUCCUUUAGCAGUACUAGUCAACAGCGGGAAAAUAUAUUAAACCUAUAUUUGAAAAUGAUGAUAGUCUACUCGGAAAAAUCUCUUCAAUUGCAACAACAGCAUUUAGCACAAUGGCUAAAAUCAUUGCACAAACCGUUCUGUGGACACUGAGAGUAAAAGGCACAUUGCACAUGGUUGUUAUAUUUGAGUAUAAUUCAACACUGUAAAAAUGAAAUCCAGUAUGAAUUAAGAUUCCCUUUAGGACAUGAAUCCUCUGAAGGCCUGCUGCUGCUGCUGAUGUCUAAUAGACAGAAUAGAAGUAGAAAAUUAUCUGACUGACUCCUGAUGAUGCUGAAAAAAGACACCGGCAGACAGAAAUGCUCUUCAUGCCACUGAAGCAAUUUUAAAGAUGCCUAAAUCUGCAAUAAAAGUGCUUUACAUCCCAGCUUCAACAUCCUCCUCUGUCUGUGCAGAAGUGUAUUGCUGAACUCUUUGGUAGUUUAGUCACACUGACUUCAUAACUAGUCUAUUCCAUGUCGAAAUGAAAGAGUUGAAGUGACUAAUAUCUUCAAGUAAAAGUGAUGGGCAGAAAAAGUGCUGUAAAUCUUAUUUGUUUUAAAGGUGUACAGCAGAUGGAUUGUGCAUUAGGUCACUUGGCAGUCAAUUGGAUGAGAGAUUGUCCUGUUACACUUUAAAAUACUGUGCUUAUUAUCUAAGCCUUGAUGGGGUUUUUGUUUUGGUCAGCGAUGCUUUUACGGUGCUGCAAUAAGAGGUUUGGUGAUCUUACUCAACUCUUAACUGGUUUGUAAAGUCCGAUGGGGGUCGAGUGGAACGGUAGGAUGUCAAACAAGAAAGGUUCACGUUGAAUGACUGCUAAUGGGUUUCAAUGCAGUGCCGAUCGUUUAUUGAGCGGUUUAUUGCAGAGUGUGAGCUUGAUACCGUUGAACUCUCCACAUGGAAACAUCCCUGAAUUUGUAUUAAAGAAUAAAGCUAUUUUCUCUA